ACAUAAUAUCGAAUUUAAGCGAAAACAUGAAAUGAACCAAAAAAAGAAACAAAUAGUGAAUUAAUGAAUGAAUUAAGUUAUUGAUAUUUAACGUAAAACUGAAAAACGAAAUCAAUUAACAUAAAUAAAAAGUGUAACCUGUAAAUAUAAAAAGUGCAUUUUUUAGUUCAUAAUUAUCCCAUUCAAUCCCAAGCGAUUGACAACUGAUUGAUAGGUCUCACUGAUUGCCCAGCAAAGUGAAAAACUAAUUUUCCAUUCAGUGACUCCAUUAUAUCGGAAAGAGACACUUCAGAGAGACUUCAGCACACCUUGUGGGUGCAAUCGAAACUCCAACAAAAGAAGAGCCUGAACAAAUAAGAAUAAAAACACAUUGGACUGAAGGCGAGUGCACAAUUUGGGCCCGUCGCCGCCUGCUUAUCAGCCAUGUGCCACCGCAGCAGGGGAUGCGCAAACAACACAGCCGCCAGACAGCAUUAAUAACGCAUAGACACAAGGCGAGGGAUUUCGGGAGUUCCCCUUGGAAUUGGAGUUGGAGUUGCCGCACCCACAAUUAAUUGAGGACUGACUGCUAGCAUGUUGCAAGGCGUCGUCGCUGUCGCCAUCACCCACGACAGCAACGAUGAUGGCCUCAAUCAAUCAUUCAUGGCUCAUGUGUCGCCUGGCGCUAGUCCUGCUCCCAAUCAGAGCCCGUCCGCCAUGCUGCAGAAUGACAAAUUCCUAACACAUGUCGCCCAUCUGCUCAACAUAACGACCGAGAAUCUUUCGAAUCUGCUCAGUUCAGACAAAGGCACCAAUGGCAGCAACAUGGCGGCCGACUCGCCGGCCGACGAUUCCCUGGCCCUGCUCACCGUCCUCACCGUCUGCUACGCCCUUAUUUUCGUGGCCGGCGUACUGGGCAACCUCAUCACCUGCAUUGUGAUUUCGCGGAACAACUUCAUGCACACAGCCACCAACUUCUAUCUAUUCAAUCUGGCGGUGUCCGACCUGAUCCUGCUGGUCUCAGGAAUUCCGCAGGAGCUGUACAAUUUGUGGUACCCGGACAUGUACCCUUUCACAGACGUCAUGUGCAUUAUGGAGAGCGUGCUCUCGGAGAUGGCUGCCAAUGCCACAGUCCUCACCAUCACCGCAUUCACCGUGGAGCGGUACAUUGCUAUCUGUCAUCCGUUUCGGCAGCACACCAUGUCGAAGCUGUCGCGCGCCAUUAAGUUUAUAUUUGCCAUUUGGUUGGCCGCCUUCCUGCUGGCCCUGCCCCAGGCCAUGCAGUUCUCGGUGGUCUACCAGAACAGCGGAUACUCCUGCACGAUGGAGAACGACUUUUAUGCCCACGUGUUUGCCGUGUCCGGCUUCAUUUUCUUCUGCGGACCCAUGACAGCCAUCUGCGUGCUCUACGUCCUCAUUGGGGUGAAGCUGAAGCGGAGCCGCCUACUGCAGUCGCUGCCAAGACGCGCCUACGAUGCCAACCGCGGCCUCAACGCUCAGGGCCGAGUCAUCAGAAUGUUGGUAGCUGUAGCCGUCGCCUUUUUCCUCUGCUGGGCUCCCUUCCACGCACAGCGUCUGAUGGCCGUGUACGGCCUUUCGCUGAUUAACAUCGGAAUCAGCCGGGAUGCCUUUAACGAUUACUUCCGCAUACUUGAUUACACAUCCGGAGUGCUCUAUUUUCUGUCCACCUGCAUUAAUCCGCUGCUGUACAACAUCAUGAGCCACAAGUUUCGGGAGGCAUUCAAGAUCACGCUGACGCGCCAGUUUGGCCUGGCCAGGAACCAUCCACACCAGCAGAGCCAGCACCACCAGCACAACUACAGUGCCCUGCUGAGGCAGAACGGAUCGAUGCGGCUGCAGCCGGCCAGCUGCAACAACAACGCCCUGGAGCCGUACGGCUCCUAUCGAGUGGUGCAGUUCCGAUGCCGGGACGCCAGCCACCAGCUGUCGCUGCAGGACAGCAUUCGCACCACCACGACGACAACGACGAUCAACAGCAGCAGCAUGGGCGGAGGCGGCACAGGUAACGGACCGGGCAGACGCAUCCGCAAGCAGGAUUUCUACGCGCCCGGCAGCGCUGUGCCCCACCGCAUGCUGGCGGCUCAGGUCUCGCAACUGUCCUCGCUGGGCGACGCCAACUCCUUGCUGGAGUCCGAUGCUGUGGAUGUGGGUCGGCACUACGCCUCCGGGCGGGCAAAGCGCGCUCUGUUGGCUACCAAAAGCGGAGCCAUGCUCGUAACGCCAUCGCCCUCGGAACAGCCAGAGAACAGUCAACCGGCCACACGCCUCAAGCUAUCGCGGGUAAUAAGCCGUCGCGACGAAGCAGUAGCAGCAGCAACGGCUGCCACAACACCCUACAGCGGCAGCCACAGCCUGCCCGACCCAGAGACCCUGCAGGCGGGCACGCUGCGCGAGUCGCGAAAGUUUCCCUGGCGCAAGCGGCGUCAGAAGCAGGACGAUGCGCCCUCCUCCCAGUGAAGUCCGCGGGCAGAGGCCUAGGCCGAGACCGAGGCCUGCCAGAUAGCCGUGGCUAUGCAUAGUUAGGCAUUGUUUAGUUAGCACAAUAAACUUUCUGAUCUGUAGACGAGCCGCUUGUGAAAAACUUUUUCCGGCUGAAAAAAGGGCUCGAAUCGUGAGCUCUGGCGAUUUGCAUGCAAAUUUCGUUUUGCCAAUUGGCCAUAAAAAUAAAAUCAACAGCGACGAUGGAGGAGAUGGCGACGCCUGCGGUGGCCAUCGCCAAUGGCUGCUUUAAGCGGCCCAGACGAUUUAUGCGGGGGCAUAAGCCCAGCUAAUGAGACAACAAAGUGACGUGACGAACUUUUUUGCUCCAUCCUUGAGUAGUGCAGUCGUAAAUUAAGUGUUAAGUGUUGAGCUCCGCCGAGUAAAUAACACGAAUAAAAAAUA